AUGGCGAUUUGUGAAAAUCAAGAUAUUGCAGAAUGUCGCAAGUUUGUUCACACCAUCUAUCUUGCUCCACAAGGAAAUGGUAAUGGUUAUUUUAUAAAGAAUGAUAUUCUUCAUAUCAUUACCCAUGAUCAUCUUGUAGCACAUGAAUCAAAACCAGUAGCCCCAAUAACAUCCAAAGAUAUUGAUCCUCGAUUUUAUUCCGACAGUGAAAAUGUUAGAACUAUUAAAGUCUCUAAGAAAGGAGAACGACAUUCGGUUACUGGGCCGUUCUGCUAUUCAAAAUCAACCUAUUGUCUCAAAAACUCCAACUGCACAGGAAGAGGCAUCUUCCUCAAAUCAUCAGGUGUUGCUAAUGCUGAUGAAAACAUGGAUGCUCUUGAUAUAGAAGAACCUGUGGCUGUUCAAGAGGAGUUUUCACAGUCAGAUACGCCUACAACACCAACAUUGACAGGCAGAGGCGGGGGCAAUAAUACAAAGGAACGUGAUUCUGGUGGCAGGGAUAAGGAAAACAUGGAUGCUCUUGAUAUCAUUACUCAUCAUCAUCAAGUACCACAUGAAUUAAAACCAGUAGCCCCACUAACAUCCAAAGAUAUUGAUCCUGGAUUUCAUUCCGAGCAUCCACCACCAGUUAUGGACAAUGGUAAUUUGGAUGAGUCAGCGGUGAAAAUGUUUGAAGGGUUAAUGUCUCAGAAGGUGAAUGACAUUGAGUUUCCAACACUGCAACAACAACAACUUCAACCACAAAAAAAACAAAGGGGCCGUUAUGAUCUUCAAAUUCAACCUGAUGUCAGGGAAAUUCCACCUGCACAGGAUGAGGCAUCUUCGUCAAUUUCAUCAAGUGUUGCUAAUGUUGAUGAUCCAACCCCAGAAAACAUGGAUGCUGUUCAGGAGGAGCCUCCUCAGAUACCUGACGGUUCUGAUCUUCAAAAGCAACCUAUUGUCUCGGAAACUUUAACUGCACAGGAAGAGGCAUCUUCAUCAAGUGUUGCUAAUGCUGAUGUUACAACCCCAGAAAACAUGGCUGUUCAGGAGGAGCCUCCUCAGAUACCUGACGUUCCUAAUGCAGAGGCGGGGGCAAUAAUACAAGGGGGGCGUGGUAGAUCAAGGAGACGAAAGACCUUAGAGACGAUUGGGAAGCUUCCGAAUGUUACAGCAAUGAUUAUCCAGCUCAGCCUAGUUCACAAUUGGAAUAUGUUUUGAAAAAUAUUAAUGCAUCAAUCGAGAUUUGAGGUGGUUAUAUGCAGUUACUGGUAUCAAUCUUAGGUGUUGUAGACUUGUAGUUAUCUUCUUUUAUAUGUUAAAGCAUUUGAGACCCUGUUUUCUUCUUUUGCAAGCAAGCAAGCAUAGAUCAAUUUGUUGUUCUUGACUGGUUUCUAUUUGUAGUUUUAUGUUUCAAUGAUGAUAGAGAUGUUAGAAAAGGGAAAUUUUGUU